AGAAGCUCGUGCACUAUUAUUAUAGCUAGAAGCGCUGCGUGUGCCCCUUCCUGCCUCUGCUGCCGCAGAAGUGACAGUCUCGCGGCAGGCGAAAUGGGGCUACCUUAAACAAAUGCAUCGAUAGAAAUCAGCGCAUAGCACUUUUUGCGCCUGUUUUGCGCAUGCAGCAGCACCAGCGACUGCGCUUGGUCGGCCACGUUCAAUGCGCGCCGCAAUAGUCGCCAUCAAGUUCAUGUUACUUAUUGGGUGGCUGGCGCUUGGGAUUUGUACCGCCCACGCUGCUGGUGCGCAAGUAGGGCUCCUGCGACUGACGCCAGGGUCGGGCCUCGCUGCGAGCCGUGGCAGCCAGCGAGCUGCAACCGAUAUCCUAACCCCCACAGAAAGUCCUGCUGCCGUUGCGUCAGCACAGCAGCGGUCCAGAUUACUAAGCGCGCGAGCGCGCAGUGAUGCGCCAUCAGGGGCGGGGCGCCGCUCGGCGGCGGCAGCAACAGUGGCUGUGUCAGGCGGCACCGCCAGAUGCUGGUCGUAGCCUGGCUACCAGUCCAGGACCCCACAACAGCAGCCCAAAUCAGCAGCCCACAGCAGUGCCGCCAGCUAUGUCACCAACAACAGCAGCAGCGGCUGCCGGCGGCGUGGCUUCAAACGCGGCUGCUGACGUUGAAGAUGACGGGGUUGCUGCCGCGCCCCCCAAUGUGCGGCUUGAGCUGGUGGGGGGGCACCAGGCAGCAGCAGCGGCGGAGGCGGCGGCGGAGGCAGGGGCCGAAGGGCAUGGCAGUAGCAGCAGUAGCAGCAGUAGCAGCGGCGGCGCCCGGCGGCGUUCACAACUGCAGCAGCAGCACCAGGCAGCAGAGGCGGUGGGAGCGGCAACCGCGGCCAGCGCUGCUGCACUUGCUGCUUCUGCGUCUGCUUCGGCGGCUGCGGUGGCAAGCGGCCGCACAGUCCUGGACUGUGGGGAUGCGGGCGGCGGCGCACUGGUCAUGGGGCGCGGCGGCUUCGUGCUCCGGGAUCUGAUGUUCACACGCUGCGGCGGCCCGGCCCCCGUGUUGGUGAACUUUACAGUAGCAGGCGCAGAAGGCAGCAGCGGCAGUGGCAGUAGCAUUGCCCCUGCUGCUGGUAGCAACAGUAUGGUCAAGGGCGGGUGGUUGGAGGGCUGUGUGUUCGAGGCGAACGCAGGCUUCGUGGCGGGUGCUGUCGCGGUGCAGCCGGGUGCGGAGUCUGAGGCGCAGCUGCAUCUGUCGGGCUGCGUGUUCCGGAACAACACCGGCACGGAGCAGCCCGGUGACUACACGUACGACUACAUACGUAAGGGCUCCACGCGCGUCGAUACUUACUUGCCGCUUGACCAUCCCUGUGCACGUUCAGAUUACAUCGAGGGUGUGGUCCCUCGGCCCGUCAUGCCGGCCUCAGUCCUGGCCCUCGGCCGCGGCCAGCACCGCAUCAGCGGCUGCGUGUUCGAGGACAACGCACCGCCGCCGGGAACGUCCCUCAACCAGUCGCAGGUGUCCACCGUCAUCGACCUGGGCUGCUGGCAAGGGCCCGCGGCACUGGUCAUUGAGGACAGCGUUUUCUAUGGCAACGCGGGCCGCCAGAGCGGUGCGGUGUAUGUGCACGGCCACACCGACGGCGUGACGCCCUCCCUGGGCUGCCGCCUGACACUGCGGCGCGUGGAGGUAGCGCGCAACGCCGGAUACCAGGCCGGCGCCAUCCUGGCUUCGUGCCCUGUCAAGGGCAGCAACUGCGAGCUGUCGCUGACGGACACGGCCGUGACGGACAACACCACACCCCAGUCGGGCACCAUCCUGGUGCGCGGCUCAGGCCUGGUGCUUAGCGCGGACAACCUGACGCUGUCCCGCAACUCGGGCGGCGGGCUGGGCUACGUGGACACAGGCAUCACCCUGGCCAACUCCAGGGUUGAAGGCAACAGUGGGCCGGGCUAUGGCGGCGUGUCGGGCUGGGGAGGCUUCCUAGCUGCUGUCAACACCUCCUUCUCCCGCAACGCACCCACUAAACCCAGCUUCGACAAAGCGGCGGCGAACCUGAUUACCAACUCUUACGGGAACAAAUUCACCAACUGCACUUUUGAACAAAACAGGGGCCACGCCCUGUACGUCUACGCAGCCGACAUCUCCAUCCGCGCCAGUCGCUUCCUGCGCAACACCUUCCUCCCCGGCGCCUACAACACGCACGGCGGCGCCCUCAUGCUGUUUGACCUGGUGGCGCGCUCUGUCAUCACGUCCACCCUGUUUGAGCGUAACGCCGCAGUGGUGGGCGGGGCGGUGCGCGUGUAUGUCAGCCAGGCGCUCAGCGUCUCAGACUGCGUGUUUAAAAAUAACUACGCGCUAAGCGGGGCUGGCAUGGAGAUUGAGGUGCCCUUCAGCACCGUGUCCAUCGCGAACUCCUCCUUUGUCAACAACACCGCGUGCGGGACCGCAGAAGAGCUCCGUGCAGCCGCCGGCAUCACCAACACAGUGGACACCGCAGCUGGGGGCUCAGCGGGGACGGGCGCCGGCGGGGACGGGUCCGGCAGCAGCAGUGGUGGCGGGGGGCCGUCAUCAUCACCAGCAGCAGUAGCACCAGCAGUGGUGGUGCAGCAGUACGGCAGCAGCACGCGGCUGGGCGGCGCGGCGACCGCAACGCCUGCUGCCGAUGUGCGGGCGCCGCCGGAGAGCUGCGGCACGGGGGGCGGCGGCGGGCUGUGCGUGCGCGGGGCGCAGGAUAUGGCGGUGCUCCUUGAGAACGUGACCCUGGCCGGCAACAGUGCGCUGGUGGGGGGCGGAAUCUACGUGAGCUCCGGCGGCAGGUGCAAGGAUGCCGCGGGCUGCUACCCCCUCCGACUGGAUGCGCGCGUGCUCAUCACAGGCAACCGUGCCGAAAUGGCCGGAGGUGGCGUCUACUGGGAACACGAAGACAUCCUGCAGAUUUCGUGUAGUAGUGAUGGCAGCGUCAGCAGCAACGCAUCCAACUCUUCGGUAGCAGGCGCGGAGUCCGCCCGCACUUCACUGGCGCCACCGGCCUGGCCCGGCCUACUGCAGCAGCUGCAGUCACACACCUUUGCGCGGCUGACUGCGGCGGCGGCAGCCGCCAGCAGCAUCAGCAGCUCCGACGCCGCGUCCCGAAGUGCCAGCAGCAGUAGCAGCAGUAGCGUCAACGCGGCUGCCUCCGAGCCGACACCGUCCGCGUCGCGGGCAGCUGUGCGAGCGUACCUGCAGCGUGUGCUUCCGUGUGCCUCCUGGACCGGUAACACAGUGGGAGAGGGCGGCUACGGACCCACCAUAGCCUCCACUGUCUUUUACCACCAGCCCCUGCUGCUGCCACGGCCGCUUGCGGCGGCCGCAGCAGCUGCGACGCGGGCGCAACCGCCACCCUCAACAGCCCCAACAGCACCACCAGCAUAUGCUGGGUCCGCUGUUGGGCCCCUUGCAGUUGCAGCGGCAGGGCUUGGCGGCGCCCCGUUGCAAAAGCCAACAACAGCAACCGCCGGCGGCGGGCGGCGGUCGCUUCGGCAGCUGCUACAGGCGCUUCUCUCACCCGGGGCGGCCCCAGAUCCAUCAGCAGCAGCGCCACCGCCUCAGCUGUUUGAAAGCGGCGGCGCCUUGCCGGUGGCAGUGCAGAUUUUUGACUUCUACGGCCAAAAGGUGGCGCGCAGCUUCAUUGACUCGGCUGUGCUGAUCCUGUGCACCUCUCUCAAUGCGCUGGGUCAGAAGGCGGCGCAGGCGGUGGCGGGCACCGCGGACUUCUCACAACUGCGGCUGAGGGACCAGGUGAAUGCCAGCUAUGAGCUACAGUUUGAGGGGCGCACGCCCAUCCGGCAGCUGGGGUCCGUGGGUCUAAGUGUCGCGCUGCGGCCGUGCCGCAUCAAUGAGGAGCUCUCGGCAGAAGGCGACGUGUGCAGCCCUUGCGGUCAGGACUUCUACUCCCUGGGCGGCGGCCCCGGCCACUGCCUGCAGUGCCCCGAGGGGGCCGCCUGCAGCCACCGCGGCCUGGGCGGCGUGCCGCUGGUACCGCUAGACGGUUACUGGCACAGCGGGCCCCUGUCCGCCAACGUCAUCGCGUGUCCUAACGAGGCGGCGUGCCGGUACGGGGGCCGUAUGGAGGCGCUAGCGGCCUCCCAACAGUCCCAACUGCGGCUGGGGGCUAGCAGCGGCAGCGGCAGUGGCACCCCAGCCGCCACUACUGCCGCCGCUGGGCCGGCGCCUCCGCAGCGCCGGCGUCGACAUCUGGUGUCUGAGGCGCCUGCUGCUGCUGGUGCGGCUGGUGUUGACGCAUCGGGUGGGCAACUGACUGCCACCAGCAACACGUCAGUCGCAGCCGGCGCCGCUGCAGCCGCAGCUGCGGCUGCGGAUGACGAGUACCGGCAGCUGCAGUGUGCGGACGGCUACUGGGGCAACGUGUGCGGCAGCUGCAAGGAGGGGUACGGCCACGUCGCCUCCGGCCGGUGCAGGCGCUGCCGGAGCCUGGGUGCCCGGGUGGGCUGGAUCAUCCUCGCUUACGGCAUCACCAUGAUCUCCAUCAUCGCCACCAUCCGCGCCGCCCUGACGCCCGAGUACGUCCAGCUGGCGGCCGCGGCGGCCGAGGCGCAGCGCUCCUUCGGCGCCCUGUUCACCUACGGGGCAAGGAAGUUCUCGUUCAGCGACCUGCCGCCCAUCGCUCCGGACCAGUGGUCAGAACUAAGCGACGGUGGCGGCGGGGAUGGCAGCAGCGGCGCGAAGCAGGUGACUGACGUGCAGAGCAGCAGCCCAUGCGGCGAUGGAGAGGCGGAAGGAGCGGAGCCGCAGGCGGAGCCACCUGCUAGCGGUGGCGGCAGCGGCGGCUACGCUGCCACUGCCACGCCAGUAGGUGCGGGCCUGACGUCAUCAGCCGUGGUCACUGCCACCACAGGAUGUGAACCCCUGCAUCAGCAGCAGCACCCGGGUCUGUCUGGUCUGAGCAUGAGCAGCAGUAGCGGUCCCAUUGCUACAGCCACAGUGGCCAUCGACCACAGCGGCGGCGGAAAGCGCCAUCAGCAAGCCCUUGCGCCCCAAGGCUCGCAUUCGGGCUCGACGGCCACGGGGCAACAGGCGGGUGAUGACGAAGAGGGGGAUGGCUCGGCGCCCCUCUCGCCAGGCGGCGGCGCCGCCGCCACCACCGCAAGCCUCGCACGCCGGUUUGCUAGCCGCCGUGCCGUGUCGUUUGCGGGGUGCGAUCCUGAUGAGGAUAUGGAUGAGGAGGCGGCGGGGUAUCGUACAAGCUCCCAUGCAGCUGGGACCCCGGAUCCCCCCGACUGCGACGGAGCAGGUGGCGGCAGGGCCGGGGUCGACGCACGCAGCAGCGCUGGUGAUGUCGCCAGUGCCGGACGCGGGGUAGCCAGCCGAGGUGCCAGUGGCGACGGCGGAGGUGGAGGUGGCGGCGGCGGAGGCGGAGGUGAAGGCGAGGAUGGGAGCUGUGGGGACGGCCGCCGCACGACAGAGGACAAUCUGCGGCCGUCUAGAUCCACCACGCGCUCGGAAAUGUACGGCACGUUUGGCGGGCGCACGUGGAAGCGGCGUACGGACGUCAUCAGCGAGCACCAGACCGUCGUCAAGAUCUUGUUCUCGUACCUGCAGGUCUUGAGCCUGGUUAAGAACACGCCCAUCAGUUGGCCCUCGGUCAUGAUCAACUACUUCAACGUCGCCAGCCAGGCCUCCUCCGCAGCCUCCAGCCUGGCCUCCCUGGACUGCUCCAUGAGCACCGCGUCCGGACUGCCCAAGUCCGCACAGCUGUUCCUGAUUCAAGUGCUGGCGCCCGCCUUCUGGUCCGCCGCCCUCGUAGCCUUCUGGCUGGCCCGCGCCGCCUGGCGGCUGCGGCGCGGCCGGCUGGAGCGCGGCGGCGCGCUGCGGUCUUACCUGCACAACCGCAUCAUCAUAACCGUCAACUGCAUUAUCUUUGUCAUGUACCCGAGUGUGACAGGCCAGCUGUUCGGCCUCUUCAGCUGCAUCCAACUCGACACGGGGCCGGCCGAGAAGGUGUGCCCCGAGCCCUGGGACGAGGCCAGCUGUCGCUGGGACAGGCACUCAGUCGGCCUCUUCUGGACGCAGGAUCCGGAGCAGCGCUGCUAUGAGGGCGUGCACCUUACCCUGUGUGCCGCGGUGGGCGUGCCGGGUGUGCUGCUCUUCGCGGCCGGCAUUCCGCUGCUGUCGGCGUGGUGGCUGUGGCGCAACCGGCGCAGGCUGUGGGAGGACAGCUUCUUGUCUCUAUACGGGUCGCUGUACCAGGAGUAUGAGGACGGGUUCUACUUCUGGGAGAGUGUGGUGAUGCUGCGCAAGCUGGCAGUCACUGCCGUCAUCGUGUUCGCAGGCACAUACCGCUGGCAGCUGACACUGCUCAUAUCCAUGGGCGUCAUCGCGCUGUCACUGCUGCUGCAAGUGGCAUACAGGCCGUACGAGAGCGAUGCCAUGGAUGAAUUGGAGCGACUGGGUCUGGUUGCGACGCUUGUGACGUUCUACCUCGCCACUUACUUCAUGGACGACCAGGUCAAUCGCGGAGUGCAGGUGGGUCUGAGCCUGGCCAUUCUGGUCAUCAACGCCAUCACACUGUUCAUCAUGGUCGUCGCAAUCAUCAGGGAGCUGCAUCGCGCAGCUCUGUUCCGGCUGCUGCGCCUGAGCCCCGCGCAGCAGCAGGGCCAGAUCCCGCUGCUGCUGGUGGUGCAGGUGGCCGCACAGACGGCCCGGUGGCGUGGGCGCGUGCUGGCGCUGCGCCUGCGCACGGCGCUUUACGCAGCCUGCCCCAGGCUCUUCCCCAUGGCGUUCCCACCUGGAGCGGAUGAGUUGCUGGUGGCAGCGGCACGGUCGCAGACCGCGGCGGCGGCGGCCACGAGCGCUGCAGCCACUGCAGGCCAGUCGGGCCCGGCAGCAGCUGUUGCGGGCGGGGCAGCAGGAGGAGGAGGAGCAGCGGUGGCGGCGGCGGCAGCAGGCCGUCAGGGCUUUGCGUCGGCUGCGAUGCUGCGGCGGCGCGCGGAGGCAGCGGCUGCGAAGGUCAUGGCGGCUGCGCUGCGCCGCGCGUGGGAGAACCACUACCGCGGCGAGUGGCUGCGGCGGGUGCAUGAGCUGUCGCAGCGGCAGCGGGCGGCCGGGGAGCAGCGCAGGAAGAAGCGGGGUUGCGGCGGUGUUGGGGAUCUGGACCACGAGUGGGCGCGGAGCCGGGAUUGGCCGGAUGCGACACGAUCAGGGCGCCUCGUGCCCCGGUUUCGCACCGCGGCAAGCAGGCUCGCUCAAACAGUCUCUCGGUUUGGGCGGCGUGCGGCGGCGCCUGUCCGCCCAACGGCCGCCGAGGCCGGUGGUCACACCCGUCCUGCAUGUGUGGGGGUGGUCGUGGCACCCGGAGACGGCGCUGGAGGCACGGAGAGUCUCAGGCCCAGUCCUCACUCUGGGCAGCGCCGAAGCAUGAUCACUGCAUGCCCGGCGGGAACAUCUGCCGCGGCCUCUAUGGGGACUGCACGCACCCCCUUCCGCUGGGGGCAAGGCGUUGCACCCAGCAGCAGUGGUGCGCUGUCUCCGACGUCGCCGCCGCUUGGCGCUGGGCAGGACAGGAGAAACACCACACACGCGGAUAUGGUGCGAGCAAACUUUGCCGCCAUCAUCGUCACCACCAAUCCGAUCCAUUCCAUCGAUCCAGGCUCUGCGUUGGGCAAUGAACGCGGAUGAGAACAUACACGGAAAAUGGUGGACGAAUAUCGUUAUGUAUGUUUGCAAUGUGUGUAAAGAGAGGUACGACUGUAUGAAUGAGUAGUGCAAAUACUUCGUGGAUUGAAGUAGUUUAAGAGAGGGAAGAUUGGAAUGACGGGUUAGCACCUUGCAUGCGUCCGAACUCAACCUCGAACAGUGAGACUGAGGGUAGCGUUGCCUGAGUGUACGGUUGCAUUGCAGAACUGCAUCAGCGAGCGUACAAGCAAGCCUGUAGUAGGAUAGUCGGCAAAAGACACAUCUAGAUGCCCCAGGGCGCCGUCCGCAGGGUUAUAUACUUGUGUGUCGUAGGACUUCCGUGUUCCGCCUAAUGCGUACGUAGACCAGAGCGGGAGGCGGAGUGGGCUUGCAGGCGGCACGAGAGUAGGCAGUCAGUAGCGCAAGUUGCGAAUUCACAUGUUACCUCGUAACCGACGAUAAACGCUGUGGACGGUCGCGAUCGACUGUGCCCGCAUGUACCCACGUGGCUCGGUGAGAGCUCGCCAAAACCCGCCCAUUUUGGGCUCAGGUGAGCUCAUAUCGCCCUCCCACGU